CAGGAAGCAGCGAGCUUCAGAUACAAAGAAAUGAGCCAAUUUACCUAUCUGAUAUUUGUUAUUGAUGUAGAACUACAGAGAAAGAUAAGAUAUUUCUUGCAAUUUCUAGAAAGUAAUAAAGUUUAGCGGGUCAUUUAUUUGGGUUAGCUGUAGAAUUGUUUAGAGAAAUGGAAUCUAGUCAACGUACACCAAGUGUCAUAGCUAGAUUGAUGGGACUUGAUGUGCUACCACCUCAAGAGCCUGUACAAAAACCGCAGAGAGUGCUGUCUGAAAGUUAUCUGCAGAGAGUUGCUUCUAUUGGUGUCAGAGGGAAGCAGUAUAAACACAACCCAUUGAGGAUGAACUUUGAAGAGAAAAAAGAAUUGGGGAAUAACUUUCCGGUUGUAGAGACAUUGAAAAAAGAUGAGCACCUUGACCUGUCAGAUGAAAAGAGAAAAGCAAAUUUGGGUCCACUGGUAGCAAAGAUGGCCUUUAGGCAGAAAUACAUUAAUACAAAAUGCAGUUCAUCGGAUGAAAAGCUUCAAACUUCAGAAGAAUUUCAACAGUUGUCAGAUGUGAUAGAUUCAAAGAAUGAUCAAUUGCCAACUUAUAUACUUGAAGGCAAUUUAAAGUCAUCGUGCACUUCUGACAGUAGUGUUGAGAACUGCAGGAAAUCAGUGAGUAAAACUGGUUCUGGAUAUUGCAACUCAGUACAAAAAGGCGAGAAUGGCAUUGUUACAGAUUCCAAUGGAGAACUUAGUCUUAAUUUCCAUAAAUUUGCGAGGUCUGAAUUGGUGCUUAACAAUCCCCAUACAAGAAUUGUUGUUUUGAAACCGAAGCAUGGAAAGGACAAAAAUUAUAUAAGAUAUUGCUCUUCAGCUAGUUCAGAUGAAAGUUCUCAGUCAGGUGUUAACUAUCUCACACACUUUUGUACUCCUGGAAGUGAGAAAAUACGUGUUGAAGUAAAGGGAAGGAAGAAUUUGGAGACUGAUGUGAAACCAAGUAGGCAACAGCCUCUAGUUUCAAGCGAACUAAUGGAGGAGCUUACUGGAAAAACUAUACAAAAGAUAAACUCUUCGACUAGGCUCUCAAGGUUAGAAUCCAAGGCUGAUGAAGCCACCUUUGCAGUUAAGCAUAAGUUUUUGAUGCCUCCUUCUUCAAGUUUCCCUGACUGGAAAAAUGGCUACCGGUCCUUUUCUAAUUCAGAUGCAUUUGUGACUAGAGAAGCCAAGAAGCAGCUCUUGGAACGUUGGAAGAUGAAUAAAAGGUCAGAAGAAGUUGGACUAGCUUCUAAAGGUAGUACCCUGGGUGAAAUGCUUGCCAUGCCCUAUCACAAUUUAAGGCCAAAAAGUCACAGGCCUGGUAGGCAUGGUAAGAAAGAUCUUGACCUCAGUAAAUUUUCAACAAAGCAAUCCAAACAUGAUUCUUUUUGUAAUGAGUGGUAUAUGGGGCUGGAAGAUUCUAUCAGUGAUGCUUGGCACAAGUUCAUGAAACAAAAUAACCAGGAGGAUCAUUCAGAACUUAGCUGCUGGAAACACAAGUAUGAGAAAUCUCAAUCUAUUUCUUGCUUGAAUUCAAAAGAUUGUGCCUCCAUUAAAGAUGGUAAAGUCAUGGAUAUUCUGAAGAACACACUUGAGAGGGAUCAAUCUGUUCUAAAUUUUUUGAAUCCUCAUUCUUCAAGUUGCAGCAGCUCUUUCUCUAUUAUGGAGGAUAGUAACAGUUCACAAGAAGCAUGGGUGAUGAAAGAUGAAAUGAAGAACAAUACCGAUGAUGAAAAUGUGUCUGAACAGAACUUGUUUUCAGAGUUACCAAUUAGUACUGUUGCCUCUGCAAGUAUUGCUGCAGAUAUGGUUGAGAAUGCAGAGAUCGAGAUUGCAGACAAACCCUUAGGAAAAAGCCAGAAGCAGAGUUGCAUGCUCACAACCUGCAAUCUGUUAGAGAAAGUUUAUAAUUCUUCUAGUCAUGCUACAGAAACUUUGGUUCAGCAGGAACAGGAAUGCCAGGAAACAUCAUUUGGAUCACAUGUAGAAAGUGCUCUCUCCUCGCCCUGCUCUUUCAUGGAUCCAGAUUUUCUAAUGAGCUUAGAGGAGGCUUAUCAUCCUAGUCCAGUCUCAGUCCUAGAACCAUCAUUUACAGAAGAUACUUGGGCUUCCUCUGAAUUCUCGAGGGGGGUCACUGACAACAUCUGUAGGUUACAGAGGCAUCUGCAACUCCUGAAAUCAGAGACCUUGGAUACAUACUCGGAAGGACCUGGAAUGAUUGUGUCAAGCGAUGAUGAAACCGAAGAAGGAUCUGCAGAGGACUCCAAAGAAGAUGUAGAUUCAAUGAAAUUGUUCAGGGUUGAAGAGAGCAGGGAUUUCUCUUAUCUUGUUGAUGUUUUAAAUGAGGCCAGCUUUCAUGGUAGGAAUUUGAAGAUGGAUUUUAGUACCUUGCACUCUCCAGAUUGCCCAAUAAGCCUUUCCGUAUUUGAGACCUUAGAGAAGAAGUUUGGUGAUCAGGCAUCCUGGAAGAGUUCAGAAAGAAGACUUUUGUUCGACCGUAUAAAUGCAGGCUUGAUGGAGAUUCUCCAUCCGUGCAUGGGUGUACCGAAAUGGGCAAAGCCUGUAUCAAGAAGGCUUAACCCCAGUUCCGAUGAGGAGAUGAUUGAGGAAGAUCUCUGGAUGUUGCUUGUUAGCCAAGAUAAAGAAGCUAGCAAGGAUUCAGCAGAGAAGGCGUUAGGAAAUGAAAUUGGAAAGUUAGAUUUAGGAGAUGAUAUCGAUGCCAUAGGUAUAGAAAUUGAAAGGUUGGUGAUUGAUGAGCUUAUGGCUGAGUUAGUAGAAUGAAAGCAUAUUCGAUUGCAUUGUUUAUUCUUUUUGCACAACAGUUUUGUAAACGAGAACCAGUUAGAGUUAAAAAAAAGAAAAAAAGAAAGGUAUUUGUCUAGGUUAUUUUUAGGACAUUUUUGUGUAGAUCUUUCCACGUUUUAAUCUAGGUGAAAGGUUUGCAAGUCUAAAGAGUAUAUGUAUAAAAAUUCAGUUUGUUUUGUAUAAAUUAAUGAAAUCAGGAUUUGUUGCA